AUGUUGAACCUCCAGGAAUGGCAGAAGCUCCCCAUUGGACUCGGCGAACUCUGCAUCAACACGACGCUCCGCUGUGGGCAAUGCUUCAGAUGGCGCAAAUCAGAUGAAGGUGUCUGGUCAAUGGCCCUUCACGGCCGCAUCUUAGCAUUACACCAGGACCCUGAAUAUCUCUAUUACCGCUCUAUCAUUCCUGCAAAACAAUCACCAACUUUGAAAGCUCAAUCCGACGAUGAUACUCUACCACUCAUCAGACAUUACCUCAAUCUUGGUCCAAACCUAACCCAGCUAUAUAGCGAGUGGUCUUCUGCCGAUGCAAACUUCGGUCGCAAAGCUCCCAAGUUUACCGGAAUCCGCAUCUUGAAGCAAGAUGCAUGGGAAGCUCUUGUGGGCUUUAUCUGCAGCUCAAACAACAACAUCGCUCGCAUAUCGCAAAUGGUUGAGAAGCUCUGUACAAACUAUGGUCCUUUGAUUGGCCAAUUUGACAACAAAGACUACUAUGACUUUCCCACUCCAUCAUCAUUGGCAAAACCAGGUGUGGAGCAAAAGUUGAGAGAGUUAGGUUUUGGUUACAGAGCAAAGUACUUGUACAAGACGGCGUGUAUGGUUGCGGAGAAAGAAGAUGGAUGGCUAGACGCUUUACGAAACCCUGAGAGUCCUGUCCUGGGCGUGAAGCCAGCACCAGCUGGUGAGUGGGUAAACGAGGGAAGGGAAGGUUACCGGACAGCACAUGAAGAACUGCUUGCACUCCAGGGUGUGGGGCCAAAGGUCGCCGACUGUGUUUGCCUCAUGGGUCUGGGCUGGGGAGAGGCUGUCCCANUCUGGCAAAUUGCUGUCCGCGACUACAAAUUCGGUAAAGGCAAGCACUCGAGUCUGACUAAGGCUACUUACGAUGCUGUUGCGAACAAGUUCCGUAGCCUCUGGGGUCAAGAGGCUGGUUGGGCACAUUCAGUUCUCUUCACCGCUGACCUCAAGGCAUUCUCUGAGAGGCUUGUGGCCAAGACAGAAGUCAAGGAGGAGGUGACAGAGAUCAAAACCGAAGAUGGCGUACCUGUCGAAGAGACCAUCGUCGAAGAGGACAACACUCUGAUCAAAGGCAUCAAGAGAGAAGCUGAAGAGGACGAACAAAAACUGGUCGAGACGAAACACAACAUUGUCAAGAAAGCAAAGAGAAGAAAGAAGGCAUCAUAUUGA